AUGCACAGUAAUGUAACUCAGCUUGUUAAGCUUUUACAAGCAUCUUGCGGAGAUGAGGGGUGUUGUAAUGAUGUUAACAGUUUCAGUGUUGAACAUCUUAAAAAACUUCAAAAGACAUUUAAUGACAUUGAUAAUAUUGAGAGAGAAAUUGAAGGCCUUAAAAAAGAAAUUGCUGAAAAAAGUGAGGCGCCUGAAAGGGCGCCGUCCGACAGUCAGUCUGAGAUUGAUGAGCAAAUUAAGAAAAAAACUGUGGAACUUGAAAAAGAAAUUUCUCAGCUUCAACCUCAAUUAGAUAAGCUUAAAGAAGAAAUUCCUACAAAAAUUCAGGAGCUUAACAAUAAUGUUUCUGGUGUAAGUCAGAAGCUUACUGACACAAUGAGAGAAAUUCAAUCCAAAAUUGAAGCGCAUAAAAAUGAGCAAAAAGGCUCUCAAAAUAAUGUUAAAAAUAUCUCCAUUCCCUCCCAUCUUUCCAAUCCUCUUGAAACUGCGCAGGCUAAAUUGAAGUCUCAUGAGGCUUCGUUGACAUCGCUUCAAAGUCUUGAGAAGCUUAUGAAAUUUCAUGAGAGUGUUAAUAAAAUGAAGCAAAAUAAAGAUGGAAACUGUAAUGAUAUUCUUAAAAAUCUUACUGAAGGCCUCGAAAAAUUUCUCGGCUUCCGAAAUGGUAAUUACACCGGAGAGGGCAUCGUGUACUCGGACCUUGACAGGCUGUGUGACGGGGUGAUGUCUUUCCUUCAUGGAGUUCUUGAGAGUGUGAAAAAUGAUGAUGCUGUUAAAACGUAUGAUGAAGAUAAUAAAAUCAAGAAUCUUCUUUCUUCAAUCAGUAAGUUUAUGCAUAAAGGUUCUAAUCGUUUUCAGGAAGCCAUCACAGAAGUCUCCGCGGCGCUGCAGGCGUGGAGCGGUGAGCUCGAAGAGCGGAAGAAAACAUUUCAAGAAGCACUUAGCACACUUAAAGAUCAACAUAUCACUGUAAUGUCUGCUACACUUAGUAAUCUUAAUAGUCUCACUGAUAAUGAUUCACUUGCAUAUGUUGCUGAAUACUUGGGGAAGUGCAUAAACUACGCCAUGGACCUUUCUGACGCCUUCGAUUUUGCUGAAGGUGCGUAUAACCAGCUCGACGAAAACCUUAGAGAUAAGUUAAACGUUUCGAUAAACUACGUUAAAUUGCAGGUGAGGGAGUUCGCAGCCGCCGCAAAAAAUACAGAAUUGAGAGACGUGGUAGCCCUAGCCGGGAGUGAGUUGAAAGACGUGGGAGGGUUCGUUGAAUUUGCAGUUGACGCAAGAAUUAAAAUGCUUCAGAGGUAUCUCGAAGAUAAUAUCACAGCAUUGCGCGACAAACUUGAAGGGGUGAUGAAAAAUCAAUUUGAUGACUUGGUUAGGUCAGUUGAUGUAGAUCUUCAAAAUGCCUUAAGCAUGGUAAGCGUUGGGAUAGACAGUGUUAUACGAAAUUAUGACAAAAAUGUUUAUCAAGAAGUCAAUAAGAUUAACAACACUUCACAGCAGUUUUUAGACAAAUUCAAAGCAACUCAAGGUGUGCUUGAAAGCCUGAUUGAGAAGGUGAGAAAGGAUGUCGUUAAUCUUAGACUGCUUACGGUCAAUGAAAAUAUUGAAAAUGCAUACGGAGGCACUGCCGAAGCCCCUCUACUUAAGCAGAUUGGUGGCCGCACAGCAUUUAAUAAGUUCAUAGCCUAUUUCAGCGAUCUUGAUGAAGUAAUUAUGAAAAAUGUCAAGGAGGUCAAUGACAAGAUAGGUGAGGGGUUGUAUACAUUUGUAAGCAAACACGAUUUGGUAAGCACUGUGGAAAAGGCUAAGGAUCCUCUUUUGACAGUGAGACGGCUAUUUGAUGAAAUAAAAAAUCUUCCAAAAGUAGAAACAAUUCAAAUUGACGGAGUGAACUUAAAGGAUCUUAUACGACAUGAUCUGAAGAACAAGUUCUCUAGCAUUAAGACCAUACAAAAGGUAAUGGAUGCAAUCAGUGCCAAGACAUACGAUACUGUUAAAAAUGAAGCAAAAGCUCUUCUCUCAGAGCUGGGUGCCAUUCCUCAAAUUGUAUCCGACCACUGUAAGACUGUUGUACGCAGUGUAAUGGAUGCAAUUGAGAGUAAGAUUGCUGAAGAGAUCCACAUUGUUGGUACCGCUAUCGAGGGCCUGGUAGAUAAAGUUGCAGCGGCUAUAAAUAAUCCGACUGGCGUCGGUCCUCCCGGGGUUCAGGAAAAGGUGUCCAGCCUCAAAUUUCUGGUUGGUGAAUUCGCGACACAUAUUGAUGGUGAGCUUCGACAUCUCCAAAAAAGCGUUGGCACAGCUAGGGAUCCUCCAUCCAACAAAGGAACUGUCUACGCAGAGUUUAAUGAACUUAAGAGGAGGUUAACUGAUCUUGGAAAACACCUUACUAAGGUUCAGAAAAAUAUCAUAGCCUUUGGUAGAGAUAUACGUCUUUGUAUUAAUGAUGUCAAGCAUUUUCUUGAUGAAGCGCCUAAAGUAAUUAAAACACUGCUCAAUCAACUGGGAGAUGAUAUUGAUGCCAAAAUUAAAGAAGCCACCCGUGCUAUUCAAGAAAACGCUAAAGACCAAUACAGCAAAAAGAUUAGUCAUAUGUUCAAAGAGAUGAAAACUAGACUGCACUUUGCAAUUACAAGCAUCGAACACACCAUUCAAAAAGAUUUGAACAGCGGUGUAAAAGGCUUAUUGAAAAAAAUGAAAGGUAAAAUCGACGACCUCCAAAAUUAUGAGAAGUCAGCUGCAUCCACCACCCACCACGCCAAAUUCCAAUCCCUCUCCGACAAAUCCCUCGCCUACCUAAAUCACAUCUACACAUACCUCUCCGCCGACCUCCCCAAACAUCUCCCAUCCUCCCAAUACUCCCCCCAACUCCAGUCCAUCCACUCCCAGCUCCAAACUCUCCUCUCCCACCUGUCCGAGCAAAAACACUUCGACCACCAGGUACCCGGAAUGCUCCAAAAACUCAAGACAUCCGUCGAAUCCCUCACCUCCGCAGCCUUCGGCAACCCCGCGUACCCCGUGCUCGACGCUUUCCCCAAGAGCCUGCUGCCGUUCGUCGAGCAGCUGGAGAGGGGGUAUGUUAAUAGGUAUGAGGGGCAUCCGGACAAAUUUGAGUGGCAAGAAUUCGUGAAAAUAAAACCCGUCGAUGCCGCAAAUUAUGCUUUGACACCGUAUGGUAAAAAUUUAUCUAAGGUCUGCCUCUCGAUUUUGAAGAUGCUGAACGAAGACUUGACGCAUCUAAAAGAUCAAUGCAAAAACAACUAUCCGUCACGUCCAAUCUACGCAAAAUCCGGUCCUGGUGUUUUAUUGCACAAAAUGGGUUACGACGUUUCUAAAGAACGUAAUUCCCAUGACGGUCAACUGCAAAACAAAGACACAAUGACCGGUGAAAAAAUAAGUAGACUGUUGGCGAGCGCAGUUAAAAAUACCGACAGCAAUCAUCAUCUUAAGAGUUGUCUAUCGAAACAAGAGAGAAUACAUGUCUUGGAUAUUCUUGAAUGUAUAUACAAACAUGUAGCAGCACAUUAUAGGACGCGUCACUUAGUCGCCUUAAAGUCAUCUAGGCUUCCAUGUAGUGUCUUCGAAGUAUUAGUUUGGUUCUCCGGUUUCCCUUUUAAUCCGAUGUUUGCACCACUUAACGCUUACUUUAAAAAACUAUUCGAUGAGCCGCAGAAUGUAAAAGAACGCAUAUAUUCAUCCAAAUAUGCACUCUCCGCUUAUCCCAAGGGAUUCUCGGCGACUAAUCUAGAAAGUAGCUUUCAUGAUGUGACUGCGUACUCUCACCGUGUUCUUACCGCACUUCUCGGCCACGGCCAUGCGAGUGGCACAUAUUCCUGUGAUUUUUAUACCAAUUCAAAAAGUCUCCUAUACCCUACUGACUUAAACACAUUAAUAUGCCUAACGUUUGAUAUGCUCAAACGUCUCUACCAACAACUACAUUUCCUAUAUCGGCAAUGCUGUCAUACUACUGCGUUGAGUGGCUGGCGUGAAUGCCAUUACGGCAACGCAGUUGGUGGUUCCGCUUGGAACUGCAACACAAUGCGAUGCCCCAACCAAGCCUGUGACCAAGCAUUUAACCAAGGUGAUACCCAAAAUGCCAACCAAAAAUGCAACCAAACGGCUGACCAAACGUGCAAGCAACAUCCUACUUGUGGCCUUAAAUCGCCGCUCCAGUCCUUUUUAGAGGAUGGUUUACAAGGCUUCUUGCCGCAUUCGCUGACAUCUAAGGGGUCAAAGAUGUCAUGUUUCUCGUGUUCCAUGUCACGUGGAAUGCCGUGUAAGAUGCCAAUGGGCUUCCUUGAAAUCGCUUCCAUGGCAUCGCAUAUUAAAACUGGUCAAUAUCUCAGAGAUGUUCUUGUAGGUUUCUGUGGUGAUUCAACAGCCUGCCUAAGUAACCUAUGUAGUCUAUUCAAUUGCCUUCUUCCAAGUGCGCCGAAAACACUGGGUGAGAUGUUUGGGUUCUAUUACCAACUCCUCAGGAAUUGGACUUCCGAAGUUGAUCAUAGAAAACAGGCUUUAGAUGGCGCUGUCAGUUCCUCAUCCUUCACCUUUGUCAGCGACCUCGAUGUGUGUUCGGAUUUGUUCACACAUAGAGAGCAUUUCAAAAUUAUCCCGAAUGGACGCUCCAAAUCCACCUUGCUUCGGAACCGCAGUGAUCUGUAUAGUUUAAGUAAACCCGAAGUAUCAUGUUAUGAAGCAAAUAACCAAUGUGGCGCAUACAUGGCUUCAUUAAGCCAGAAUAUUUAUGGCACGUUGGCCUCCAAAAAUGCGUCUAAUUACUUAUCGUGGAUUGUCUAUCUCACUGAGACGUUUUACGAUUUAUUGUGUCAGCUAAGCAAAGCUUGUCAUGGUAACUGCGGAUCAGAGAAAUCAAGAUGCCGUGUAACCGGUUGCGCCAAGAAUAUUUGCAGUUUUUCGAAACAAUCCUAUUUUGAAGGAACCGAUAUGCAACAUGAUGGCCGAUGUAAUUCCAUUCUUAAUUGCCGUUAUACUCAUCCUGCCUUGUAUGCAUACGGCUUCACAUUUGGAGACAGAACCAAUUUGGAUGGCAGAAUUGAUGACAAAGAUAUUCCGAAGAGGACGUGUAAAACAUUUAUUGUACAGCUCCAAAAUGUAUGCUCCGAUCGUUCUGUCCUCUCAGAAAUUAUACACGAGACAAUUCCCAAUUUCUUAUGGAAAAUCAGAGAGCCAUUCUCACUGACACUUUUAGCCCUCUGGUCGCUCACCUGCUCUGUACAUAUUGCCGUUUCUGUCCGCCUUGAUGUCCUGAGGAUAUUGCUCCCACUUCAGGUUUCGCCUGUUAUCAGACCGCAGAAGUCUCCUCGUUGCUGUGACAGUAAGCUCAAACAAGAUCUUGAGAAAUUUAUUGGCAAGGAAGAUAAGGUUAAUCCUGCAACAGAAAUUCUUAAAAAUCUCACUGACGGUUUACAAAAGUUCCUUGGAUACCAAGAAACUUCCAAAGGCUACGAUGGCUCCGGCAUCGUGUACUCGGACCUUGACAGGCUCUGCGACGGGGUGAUGGCGUUUCUGCAUUCCGUGCUCAAAGAUGUCCACGAUAAACAGCCCUACACUGUUGGUAAAACAACGUUACAGAAUAAUGUUUUGAGUCAUCUUAGUAGUAAAUUAGGUUCAGGUCAUGAGGGUUUUAAGAGUGUCAUUGCCCAGGUGGCCACGGGUGUCGGGGGGUAUAAUGAGGAAGUGAAGGUGUCGAACAAAAAAGCCAAGAGAAGGAUUGAAAGAUUGUUAGAGAAGGUAGGUGAAGAGUUCGAGAGCAUGAUUACGAAGAUUCCUGGUGAAGAAAUUUUUGGUAAACUGCAGUAUAUUGGUGAACAGGUUAGUGAUGCAAAACUGUUUGCCGAAAACUAUGUGGGAUACGGCGCAACGUUUGAGAGUAGGCUUCAGCCCUUGGAACAAAAUAUAAAUGAUCUCAAUUCACAGUGUAAGAAUAACGUGAUCAACGCGAGAAAACAGAUUAAGCAUGAGACUGAGAGGCUUCGUAAAUUGUCGGAGAAGGAAUGGAAGGACUUGAAAAGUAUGGAAAUGAAGAUUACGACGGUGCUUCAAAAGCUCGGAGUAGACGUUAACGCACAUAUUAGCAGGGAAGUGAAAACACUAGUUGAGAAUUUGAAAGCAUUGGUUCAAAAAAUUAAAGAUUUGCUCAACGACACUUUCAAAAAGCUGAGCAACUACAUUUUCGAGUUGGAAAAGUGGAUGAAAAAUGCGGACACUAUGGUGAAUAGUGCAAUGGAAGGGACGACGGAAAUUGCCGAUAAGAAGCCCGGAAAGAAUAAUCAGGAGAUGAUUAACGCAAAAGCGGGGCAGGUUAAAGAUUGGGUGGUUGGCUUGAAAGGUAUAUAA